CUUCCACCCCAAAAUCAACGGCCCCAAUUUCCCCACGUGAUUCAAUUCAACCUUCCUAGUAUACUCCGUGUAAAUUAAAUUAAAGUAAAUUAAAACCUUUAAAAAGGCAAACAACAAAUUCCCAAAUUGCAGGAAAGAAAAUUAAAAAUUCUGGGUAAGGGCGUGUCUUGGAAUUGAAUGCUAAAAAUCCUUCCGUCGAUAAAAAUAAUAAUGGGGAGUGAGUAUGAAGAAAUCAGGAAACCCAGAUUUCUGUGUCUUCAUGGGUUUAGAACAAGCGGGGAAAUAAUGAAGACGCAGGUCAACAAGUGGCCUGAAUCUGUCCGGUCAAAGCUUGAUCUUGUUUAUCCUGAUGGGCCUUUUCCGGCCCGAGGUAAAUCCGAUGUUGAAGGAAUUUUUGAUCCUCCUUAUUAUGAGUGGUUUCAAUUUAAUAAGGAAUUUACGACUUACACAAAAUUUGAGGAAUGUUUGGAGUAUAUUCAAGAGCUUAUGAUUAAGCAUGGUCCAAUUGAUGGUCUUCUGGGUUUCUCUCAGGGGGCGAUUUUGUCAGCUGCGUUACCAGGGCUACAAGCACAGGGAUAUGCUUUGACAAAAGUUCCCAAGAUUAAGUUUUUGGUGAUAAUUGGAGGUGCAAAGUUUAAGGCUGAGACAUGGGCAGAGAAAGCAUAUGCUUCUCCAAUUGAAUGCCCAUCACUCCACUUUCUAGGGAAGGAUGACUUCUUGAAGCCUCAUGGAGAAGAGCUCCUGAAAUCUGUUGUUGAUCCUGUUGUUAUCCAUCAUCCCAAGGGCCACACAGUUCCUCGGUUAGACGAGAAGUCACUGCCAACCAUGCAUAGCUUCAUUGACAAGAUUCAGAAGUUAAUAUCCGAAGAGGAGAAAGAUAAAGAACGCAAUGUAGAAUGAUUAACUUGCUUAAUUAAUAGUACAGAAAUCGGUCCUUUUGGUCUGAUGAAUUGAAAAUAUACUACAUUUGUUUCGUCUUUGUUUAGCAAUGGUAACUAGUCGCACCAUUAGCUGUAAUUCAUGCCAUUGAUGAAAUGAAUGAUCUGUAAUGUGUCAUUAGUGUAGAGUGAAAUAUGAAAUUAAUGUUCUGUUAAUUAUGGAUUAACAGAUAAUUACCAUUGGUUUAUGAAAUUCAACUGCAAGGUUUUGUGAA